AUGUGCGAGGCCCUUAACAAAAAGUUGAGAAGAAGAAGAGCCGCACGCUUGCAUUAUGACGGAUGACGUUAAAGUAAUUCCAAUACCGAAAGUUAGAUUCCAUCAAUUUUCCGACGAUGCGCAAAACGUGGAGGAAAACGUUAAACAUGAUGGUAAAGAACGGGCUGUUGUGCGAGCAAAUGGUCCAAGAAUCAAAGAAAUCAUAUCUCUUAAGAGACCCAUCAGAAUUGUAGAUCUUACAAAACAGUCGACAAGUGUUACCGAUCAAGACAUAUCUGCGAGCAAUUGUAACAUUGACGCUUCAUCACGUUAUCGCACUACAUCUGACGAUACUCGAAAUAUGUCUUUGUCCGAGAGAAACGUGCCAAAAGUUGAGGAUAUGUGCCAAACAAUGACUUUACGUGAUGCAAAUGUCAUUCAGAAUACGAAAAAAAAUUGUAAAAUAUCGCAAUUUGACAAUAAGAGUUUACAAGAUAACGUUUUGAAAGAUCGCGCAAAGAAUUUGCGACAGAAGGGGAAAGAGAAUGAAGGUAUUUCAUUGGCAAGAGCUACAUCUAGUAAAAAUAUAAGCGAGACAAGAACAAAAAACUCCCAGCAUGUACAAUCAUUUACCCGAAAGAAAUUUAAAAUGUCAGCAGAUACAAAGAGUAAUUGUAUGCGAAAAGUAAAUGUUUCAGACUCUAAGAGACCAAAAAUGACAAAGUCGCAAUCUACACCAAACAUUAUGAAAAAAACUAGAAAUUCAAUGAUGGAAGGAAAAAUGUUUAAUGCAAAACCUCCAACAUCUCAUGUUGCAUCACAUUGUAGAACUGUAGGAAAAAAUCAAAUAUCUCCAGUUAAGAAGAUUGUAUUGCGUAAUGUAAAAGGUCCUAUGAUCAAAACAUCUAUAGGACCAGGAGUUUUCCACAAGGAACAAACUACAAUGACAAGCGAUGCAAAUGAAAGACAUGUUAAAUUAGAUGCCGUACAAGAUUUGGAGCAACCAAAAUACAACUCCAUCAUGCAUACUAUUAAUAAGUUAAAAGAACUGGAACAGCAAAAGAUUGUCACAGAUAUUAGUCAUUUCCCAUCUGCUUUAAAGACUUUUCUAAACGGAAAGAUUUCUGCAGCGCUGGAUUUUCCAUUGGACGAGGCUGUUUACAAAAAUUUAGUUGAUUUGAGUAUAGAUGAAAAACAACUGCCUUCCACUAUUCUGCGCAGUAAGGAUCCAAAACCACGACAGAAAGAUAUAAUACCGAAACUUGCGGAUUUCUUUGUGCCUGAGAAUACAAAGGAGAUUUGUGAGGCUGUGCAUGUUAAAUCUCAGGCACCAAAGAUCAAUGAUAAUUGGAACGCUUUUAAAAUUAGCGAUAGGAUACUUGAAUGGAAAUAUAGUAUAGAUGGUUAUAAGAUGCAAAAAAAAUAUCAACUGAAUAUAAUUGCCCGACAAAGAGAAUACACAUAAGACAGAGGCAAUUUACUCACUAUAUACAUUUAUAUUUUUGUAAUGGAAUAAAUUGUUAAGAGAUAUAAU